CAUCAUGAGUUAUGUAUGUAAAGAUGAGCGGCAAGAUGCGGAAAGAGAAAAGAUGAAUGGGAAGUCUAUAUACUGAAAAGCAGACGCUUCAGUUGGGGCAAAAUGUGAACUUUUACUUUCAAUCCAGAUGAAGACUCUUAACGAUCAAUCAAUCGAUCCCCCCUUCAUUGCACCACAUUUCGGCAAUAUGGGAGCCGAAAACUAUGUUGUGAACUCUCCGGCGAAAGCUGCUCAUGUCAAUAUGAUGACAGAUUGUAUAAUUGCAAACAUGCCAGCGGAAGGUCUGCGGUCGAUACUCCGGGGCAUCUUAGGAGAAAACACUUCUAAUACAGCUUGUCUCACGAAACUGGCAUCGAAAUAUCUCGCAAACACCCGGCCAUCAUCUGUACCGGAAUUAUUUACCACAUCUGAAGGAUCACCAAAACCAACCAUAGAUUUUCAGCGGAUACAAAGCAGAUACAGGUGUCUGAUGGGCUGUGGAUUUGGGUUCGAAAGUGUGGAGCUUCUCACGAGCGUCAUACAACAAAUACAAAGGUUGGAGUGGGAUGGGAAAACCAAUGAAGGGGAAGAUUUUCUAGAUGUUCUCGCAGCAAUCGAUGGGGAUAUUGUGCAAUCGACGACAGCAGUACAUAAAUCACUUCUUACCAGUUCUGGGAUACGUCCAAUGGCCACCAAGGAUUCACAAACCACUGCAGCACUGCGAGGAGCACUUUAUACUUGCAAAGGGAUCGGAAUUAGUCGCGGGCAAGAAUUUCCUUUUGAGCGUGGCUUAUGCUGUCUUGAGAAGUUGGUUGAAGGAACAGGAAACGGAGGUCAAUCUCAGAAAAAGAACAAAGUCCCUCUAACAUACGGAUUUCAUUCAUCCAAAAGCACACUAGAAUCAUUCCAACUGGGAUCAGCUGAAGUACCUAGAAUGUUCAUGGGGCUAUGGCAGUUCUCCAGUCCUGCUUGGGGAAGUGCUUCUAGAUCGAAGAUUGAUCACCAUUUUAGGAAGCACGUGGAUUCUGGACUGAUCGCAUAUGAUAUGGCUGACCAUUAUGGUGAUGCUGAAGUCACCUUCGUGAGUGAACAUACUAUCAGUGUAAGUUAGCUUGCUAACAGAGCUUUAGGGGCAAUUUCGGUCUGUGCAAGAGGACUCAGAAAAAAUAUACUGUGCUACAAAAUGGGCAGUCUUUGAACCUAUCAAGGUAACUAAAGAAGUUGUGGAUGCGAACAUAUCUGAGCGUCUCGCUGCGAUCAAUUCUACAACUGUGGAAUUGCUCCAAUUUCACUGGCAAGACGUACGUGACAUCUAGCUUUCAUAGUGGAAAAGAAUAUUAACGAGCAGUGUAGUACAAUGACCAUCAAUACGUGGAAGCAGCAAGAUUAAUAGACGAGCAUCCUAACGUCCAGAAUCUGGGCCUCUGCAAUUUUGACACAGAUCACAUGUGCAAAAUUCUGGAGAGCGGCAUCAAGGCAGUUUCAAACCAAGUUCAGUUCUCUCUAAUAGACUUGCGACCCACAUUCAAGAUGGCAGAAAGUUGUAGAAAACACAAAGUCAAACUCCUCACUUAUGGCUCAUUAUGCGGAGGAUUUCUAGCAGAUAAAUGGGUCGGAAAACCUGCUCCUAACCUAUUCGACGAGAAUAUGACCCCAAGCCAUCGCAAAUACUUCGAAAUGAUCACCAUAUGGGGAGGGUGGAUACUUUUUCAGGAACUACUUCAUGUUCUCGCAUCAAUUGGCUCCAAGCACAACGUCUCUGUUUCAAGUGUGGCGAUUAGGUGGAUCCUAGAUCACGAUUAUGUUGGAGCUGUGAUAAUCGGCGCAAGAAUGGGAAUCAGCGAGCAUAUUGAUGAGAAUCUCAAAGCCUUUUCCUUCAAGCUCGACGUGGAGGAUAAAGAAGCGAUACAACGGGUGUUGGAUAAAUCAAAAGCAACGGAUGUUUUCGAGGCGAUGGGUGAUUGUGGGGCGGAAUAUAGACAGUAAUCUGAGAACGAUAAUUAUUUGCAAAUAAUAAACCUUCGAAGGAUAACAUUACACAGCAU